AUGGCACCUGUUCCUAUUUAUAUAAAGGGAGGUGUUUGGAGUAAUGUUGAAGAUCAGAUAGUUAAGGCAGCUAUUCAGAAGUAUGGGAGUAAUAAGUGGGAUAAAGUUGCUUCUUUGUUGCAGAAGAAGUCAGCUCGGCAAUGUGAAUUGAGAUGGAAGGAGUUCUUGGACCCUUCUUUGAAUUUUGCUAGUUUCAGUGAAGUUGAAGAUCAUAAACUGCUAUUGUUGGUACGAGAAUUACCCAAUCAAUGGAGAACUAUAGCUGAGCGUAUGGGAAGACCUGCUCAGGUUUGUAUCGAUAGGUACAAUAAGUUAUUGGGGGUUGCUGGAGAUGAUGGAGGGUUGAAUUUGAAAAUUGGUGAUGUUAAUCCCAUUGCCGAGACUCAGAGGGCAAGACCUGAUGUUGCGGAGCUAGAUGAAGAUGAACGUGAAAUGGUAGCUGAGGCAAAGGCUAGAUUACUCAACACUCAAGGUAAGAAAGCUACAAGAAAAAUACGAGAGCGUAUGCUGGAAGAGUCGAAGAGAAUAGCACAACUCCAGAAGAGAAGAGAGCUAAAGCAAUCCGGUAUUGAGACAAAGAUUAGGAAAAAUAAGAAAAGGUAUGCUGAUGAAAUUGAUUAUAAUGAAGAUAUACCUUAUGAACAAGAGCCUCAGCUAGGGAUAUAUGAUACUACUAAGGAAGAUCAAAGGGUAGAAUACGAAUUGAAAUCUUUCGAGAAAAAAGUGAACUAUAGAGGAUUAAAAGAUAAAAAUGAAAAGAAUCUGGAUAAGAUUAUAAGAAAACGGAAAAAUGAAGGAGCACAAGUUAAAAAAGGUUCUAUAAGGGCUAAUGAUUCUGUUCUUACUAAUGAAUACAAGAAACCAAAGUUAGAACUUCCGAAGCCAGGUCAAAUUAUGGAAAACUUAAAUGUAAAAACUGAAGAACAGAAAAAAAGAAUAUUGGAAGCUCAAAAAUUAGGUUCUCUAUUAUCUGCUGAUGUAAAAGGUUCUAAUGAAUCAGUUACAAGUGUUAUCGUUGAGAAACCAGUGCAACAAAAUAGAUUGGUGAAAAAAGAUGAUAUUAUCGUAAUCACAAAACUAUUUGCAUCAUUACCAAAGCCUAAAAAUGACUUCGAUAUUAUUUUGGAUGAAGAUUUCGAAGAAUCUGCUACAGAAGAAGUGGAAGAAAUAAGUAUAAAAACGGAAGCGGAAGUCAUUCCAAAAUAUGAGCCAAUUGCAUUAAAUAUUGCAUGUCUCGACAACGAGAAAUUGCCAACCCCAGAAUUUAUAGAAAACCCAAAAAAUGCCCUGGAAAAUAAUUUCAAUGAAUUAGUGGCAUUAUCGAUGAACAAUACAAAAUAUAUUGAUGAAGAUGGAUUAGCUACAUAUUUGUCACAAGUAGAAGAAUUGAUGGGAAACGAACCUAAACAAUCAAAAGAAUUGAAAAUUGAAUAUACUGACGAUAAAUCGAAUACUAUCGAAAGCUUAAAAAUGAAAAUCAAUGAUAAAAUCUCGCAUAUUAAUUCAUUGAAGGAAUCAUUAUUAUAUGUGAAUCCAUUGCAAGAACAAAACAAUUCAAUUUGCAGAGAAUUAUGUAGUAAAAAAAUCCCAUCAUUACGUGAACUUCAACACAACUAUUUUGUAUAUUACAAGAUGUAUCAAAAUGAAUCUAAAGAAAUGAAUAAGAGAAAUAUUCAAUUAAAAGAAUAUAUCGAGUCAUCGACAUAA